UGGUGUGUAGCACGAAUGGAAAGGUCGGUAAAUGUGGGGGUGAAGUUAUUAAACAGCUGAAGGAAUGGGUUAGAGAAAUCCUAAGCCAAUAUUUCGGUUAUUUCAUAUCUAGAUAACUGCCGUGCCCGGUAAUGAAUUUGUUGCAAAUUGUGUUCCGUGUUAUAGUGUAGUUUGUGCCGGAAAUACUCGAGCGCUUUCGAAUAUACAGGCGAACCUCGUAUAGACAAUAGGUGUUUUUCAAGAGACGCCAACGGCAAGUCUCAAUAGGAAAAUGGCGGAUAACAAGAGUACAGCUAUUGACAAUUUGCAUACCAAAAACGGGAACUUUAUUUGUGGAGUUGUGGAAGGUUUUUAUGGAAGACCCUGGACUACAGAACAGAGAAAAGAUUUGUUCCAAAAGUUGAAGAAAUGGGGAAUGGAUUCAUACCUUUAUGCUCCAAAGGAUGACUAUAAGCAUCGUGCCUAUUGGCGAGAGCUGUACACUGUAGAAGAGGCUGAACAUCUCACAGGACUGAUCUCCUCAGCCCGGGAUCAUGGCAUCACAUUUUACUAUGCUCUGUCCCCUGGUCUGGAUAUAACCUACUCUAGUGCCAAAGAAGUGGCUGCAUUGAAGCGAAAACUGGAACAGGUGUCUCAGUUUGGCUGCGCUGCCUUUGCACUUCUUUUUGAUGAUAUUGAGCCAGAAAUGUGCGAGGCAGACAAAGAAGUGUUUCAGUCAUUUGCUCAUGCUCAGGUAUCUGUCAGCAAUGAAGUGUUUCAGCAUCUGGGCCAACCACGUUUUAUGUUAUGUCCAACACAGUACUGUGCGGCUCGUGCCACUCCUAAUGUCCAAAACUCGGAAUACCUCAAUACACUAGGAUCUAAACUUGCUCCUGAAAUAGACAUAAUGUGGACAGGUCCGAAGGUAAUUUCUCGGUUAUUAACGGUUGAAUCAAUAGAAGAGAUAACAGACGUGUUGCGCCGCCCUCCAGUGAUUUGGGAUAAUCUGCACGCCAAUGAUUACGACCAGAAACGUGUAUUUCUGGGACCUUAUUCAGGACGUUCUCCGGAUCUUAUUCCUAAGUUAAGGGGUGUGCUCACAAAUCCCAACUGUGAAUAUGGAGCUAACUUUGUGGCCAUUCAUACGCUAGCACAGUGGAGCAGGUGUAAUGUGGAUGGCAAGAGAGACCCCAGUAUUAAUGAUUCAGUGAGCGCCGAUAUCAAACUAGAGACUGAGACUGAAGAUGGUGGAAUUGGAGAGGAUGUUCCGUCUACUCUCUCCCCCAACAUGUACCAUCCUCGACGUGCCCUUCGAAAUGCCAUAAAUGAGUGGUUAGAGGAGUUCAGUAGGCCAAAAGCAGUGUGGGGUCCCAUUGCCAAACCUCAACAGUUGGUUGCUGCUGCCGUUCCUGUUCCCAUUAUUCCUUCUGUCAACACUUGUAUGAGUGUGACAACCACCACCACUACCAGCUGCUCGUCUGGCAGCAUUCCAGUUGUUAAUUCAAAUCAGCUGCAAGCCUUGGCAGAAGUAUGCAGCUCGGUCACCAGCAAUAACACAGACAGCUUGAUACAACCAAGCCCUGGUGCAGUUAUGAAUUCAUUGGUCUCGGAAACCAAGGUCAUAUGCAAUGAUUCUACUAAGUCCAGCCCCCUUGUUAGCAGUGGGAUCACUACCACCAGUACAUCCACAGGUGAACCCAUGGACUGUAACCCCACACCGCCUCACUCUUCUCCCACGCAUACAGCCAAGAGUUCCUUAGAAGGGGGUGAAGACAUCUCCAUGGCUGAGACAGGGUCUUCAACAACUGGAACGGGGACAAGUAUGCAGGUCGAACCUGUUCAGCCCACAAAUAAUUGCAGCUCAAGUACGAUGAUAGUGGAAUGUACGAACGAUGGCAGUACCAGUCUGCCAGAAAGGACAGGAAAGGACCAGCUAACCCAUGAAGAUCUUGCCUUAUUGUGUGACCUGUUCUACCUUCCAUUUGAACAUGGUGGUCAAGGAUUGCAGCUGCUACAUGAAUUUAAUUGGUUAAAGAGUAAUGCUCAUCUUGUGACGCAUGCCAACUGCUUGAAAAAGAAUGCAGCAGAAGAUAAGGAAGCACCCAACAAGCCAGAGGUUGUUGAAUGGAUGGAGCGUGCUGUCCGUUUGGAAGAUAUGAGCUGUGCCCUGAAUAACCUCUUUCGAAGACUGACAUUUUGUGCCAACAGGGAACUCUUGUAUGACCUGUACCCUUACGUGUGGGACAUGCGUGGUGUUGUAUCACUUCUCAAUUCCUAUGUGAAAUGGCUUGCGAGUGGCCAGUUCCCACACAUGAUGGCAACCUUCACACUUGGCAGCUAUACAUGGUUUUCCAAGGGCUGGAAGGAGACAUUUAUGAGUGGAGAACAGGAACCGUGGGUUUUCAGGGGAGGCCUGACGGCAGAUCUGCAAAGAUUGCUUCCGGUUGACUCAGGAAAUGAUUUAUUCAUCUACAAACCACCAGAUGUUCCAAGCAGCAAAAUCUAUACUAUCCGCCCAUACUUGGCAGCGGAUGAGAGCCAUGUAUAUGACAUUUGCCGGCGCACAUGUAUGGAUGGCAUGGAUGGAACCGACUGUUUCCGAGAUGAUCCCGAUCUUGUCGGCAACAAGUUGGUCGGCGGCUUCCUGUCAUUAACGCCCGAAUUCUGCUUUGUGGUAGAGGAUGACAUUGGUUUGGUAGGUUAUGCUUUGGCUGCUCUGGAUGCAAAACAGUUUCAUAAGAAACUGGAAAUAGCCUGGCUUCCUGAAAUGUGCCGUAAAUAUCCUCAACCUGAGAAGAGAACCGGGGAGACACUGUCCAGCGCAGAGGAGCUGAAAAUGUGGUUCCACACUUACAAGGGAGAAGUUCCAGAGUCCAUACAUAAUCAGCACCCUUCUAUCAUGUGUUGUUCCCUGUUAACAAGUGUUUUUGACCAGAGUGUGGCGAAGAGAUUAGUUACCUGUCUUCUGGCAGCUCUUAGAGCCAAUGGUUCGUUCGGCGUAUAUGUACCGGUGAACUCCAAGGACCGAUACAUGAUUGAAUUUUAUGGCAAAUUAGGGUUUUUGGAACUUUGCCCCGGUAUCAGUCCAGAUACAGUAUAUGUGGGACGAGCAUUCUGAGCAUAAUCAUCAUUCCACUUUUGUUUUAUAGAUACAUCACAGACAUAUAUAUAUACUCGUGUAUAUAUAUAUAUAUAUAUAUACACAGUCUGCAGAACCUGAUGCUGCAAUUUGUUUGGCAGCAAUGCACAUUAAUGUGUUGGGAUUUUGAUCUUAAUUAUUGCUCUGUAUCAUAACCCCUUUUUCUGCAUAAUAUUGGUACAUCAAGUUACCAAACCCAUGCAGGACAAGUGUUUGAGAUUUAAGAUAGCAGCAUUUUACAAGUCAGACCAUAGAAAGUUUUCAGACUUAACAGUAAUUUCAUAUCUUGAAAUUAUAUCUACAAGUAUUGAAUAAUGAUAUAAUUAGAUAAAUGAAGAUUACAUACACAGAAGGAAUUAGCAGAUUGGUAUCAGACAAUGUGUUUAGUAAAAUGAUCAUAUUGGUUCCAGCAGCAUAUGGGACAAACUAUUUAAGUGUUCUCAAAUAUAAUACAACUUCCAUUUUGAAAAACUGGGGAAGAAAAAGCGAAUUUGAGUUUGAACACAGUCAGUUUUGUGGCACAUAAAACAGGUCAUCAUUCUGGAAAGUAUAGAAUUUCACUGUUUACCAUUUCUUAUCAUUUUGAAUAUGACACUUCAGAAAUCUCAUUAGGUUUCUACAUACGGAUCCUCUUCAUCCAUUCUCACACAUUACAGCCCUUUGAGGGACACUUUGAAACCACUGUUUCACUAAGCAUGCUCGCUGUGAACUGAGAAAGUUUCGGAAAGUUAUCUUUAGAGUAAGCAUAAUAAUAGUCUAGAGGUAUGUUUUAUCAGCAAAGGUCCAGACUGUAAUUCUGACUGAUGACACUUGUACCCACUGAAACACUGCCGUUCUAUUGUAACUAAAUGAGAACAGUUUUGCAUUUGGUUUUCAUAGAAACAGGAAUGACAAACAUUGCCUUGCUUAGACUAAUUAUGUAAUGAUGAUUUGUAAGACUUGGCAGAGACAGAACUCUGUAUGAGGAAUGUGAUUUCAAAAAUGGUGAUAUCACUGCCAGCUUCUGUGGACCGUCUUCUACAGUUACUAUAACUCCAGAACCUUCUUCAGUCUUUCAUGAUGUAGGAAAAUAAUAUCUCAUUUGUAUGUUUUCACUAUUUCUGGUUAAAUGUAUUAGUAACGUUUAUAUAGACACUUGUCUUGUGCCAUGUAACAGUUGUUUCUGAUAUUGUCUGUGGUAAACGUAUGACAUCGAACUGUAAGGAUGCGACAUGUCUGUAAAACUAUUUACUAAUGCAGAUCCUAUUUUCAGUGAAUUCGUACGUAGCUCAUGUCUACCUGUGCAUCCAUUCAUAUUUCGUCCCUAAAAUUAUUUAAUGAAUUUUGAUUAAAUUUGAUGUAGAAAAUACAUUUUAAAAGCUGUAGCUCAAAAUUAAUUAUGGUCCAUAUCACAAGUAUGUGGGGGCAUGUGGUAGUGUAGUUGGUUGUGACACUAUACUACAAGCCGGAAGGUUGCGGGAUCGAAUCCCGAUGAUG